UGACAAAAGUUGAGCAACCUUCGAUGGAAAAAGUACUUGAGGUACACGCUCUCUACAUUGAGGAAUUAAAAAGGUCGGCACCGAGUAAUGAACUACUGCACCCAAGUGGCGGAUCACUUAGGAGAGGUCAUUCGGAGGUCAUGGCUGAGGGGGACAUUCGCAUUCACGUAGAAUCGUCGAAGCUGCUGAGUUUGGCGACGAUUAAGCGACGAUCAGUCUUAAACCUCAACCAAAUGUCAAGUCCGGAAGCCCUCACAGAUAUAACUCUUGAUGGACUCAAAUUACUUUCAAGAGGUAAAGUGAGAGACGUCUACGAGACCUCAGACCCUACCGCCUUGCUCUUUGUGGCAAGCGAUCGCAUCUCGGCUUACGAUGUUGUCCUUAAUAAUGGAAUCCCAAACAAAGGAGAAAUCUUGACAAAAAUGUCCCUUUUCUGGUUUGAAAAGUUGAAAGAUGUCAUUCCAAACCAUUUGAUCACGGCUGAAGUGGAUGAGAUGCCGGCAGAUGUUCAAGUCCACGCGAAUGUCAUUCGUGGUCGGUCCAUGCUUGUCAAGAAAGCCAAGGUCCUUCCAUUGGAGGCCAUUACCCGUGGUUAUAUUACAGGAUCCGCUUGGGCAGAGUACAAGUCCAAGGGAACAAUGCAUGGAAUUAAGUUGCCAGAAGGUCUAAGAGAAUCACAAAAAUUACCCGAGCCGGUUUUUACACCUUCUACAAAGGCAGAAGCCGGGCAACACGAUGAGAACAUCCACCCCGACGAAGCUAAACGUCUCGUGGGUGCUGCUAUUUAUGAACGCGUAUCCUCUGCUGCUUUGGAGCUGUACACGCGUGCAGCAGAAUACGCCAAAACCAGAGGUGUCAUCAUCGCUGACACCAAGUUCGAGUUUGGGCUCAUUCCUUCCCAGGACUCAAACUCGCCUUUUGUUCUCGAAGGACAACCGAUGGAGGUGAUCCUCGUGGAUGAAGUGUUGACACCAGACUCUUCUCGUUUUUGGCCAGUCGAUGGCUAUACCGAGGGAAAGUCACAGGCUAGUUUCGAUAAACAAUAUCUACGUGACUGGUUGACCAAAGUUGGAUUUGUUAAAGGACUAGAGAAGGGGCCCAAUGGCCAGGGUUGGACAAUAGAUACAAAUGUGGUCUCCGAGACGCAACGCCGCUAUGAAGAAGCCUUAAACCGGUUGACAGAUGGCCGUAAC